CCCGUCCUGCCAAAAUGAGCUCGGGAAGUUGUCUGCGCUCCUCCCUGCUAAGUUUGGUCUAAAACUCCUUUCAAUGAUAGCCAGAUAAGCUCUAAAUGGGGAAAUGUCGCUCUCUGUGGCGGUGCUUCCCUUUAACCAAACUUACCAAAGCUUUCCGGAGGAGCCCUUUAUUCAAGAAAACUUUAAUUAUCGCUGGCAUAUGUGUCGUUUAUCUCAUUUUUGUCACUUCGCACUUUGGAAGUUCAUCGCACAAUAAAACGACAGCGCGCGACGAUGACCAGCGUGGGCAUUCGCGUGGAUUGUAUCAUGCGGGGAACAGUGAGGUGCUUCCCGUUGCUGUUGUGGCUCCGACCCGGCCCAACGUGGUAUACAUAACACUGAAAGCGAAGCGUCUAAAGCCCGCUAACAUACGAGGAACUAUCAGGCCAAAACUGAGAAGAAAGGCGAAGACGCACAAGUUUGGCACUUUUACGCACGACCUGGUUGACUCUUUGGAGCGUGACGCGAACCAAACCAAUGCACUGCACACUUCCUGGAGCGAUAUAAUGAAGGUAGAUUAUAAGCACGUGGAUAUUCCUGGUAUAUAUGACACGAAGACUGACUAUAUUAGUAGUUCUAUUCGAAUCUACAGCCAAAAGCCUCCGCCAUGGUUCACGUCCACGGAUGUCCACGCCAUGCGCUUUCUCGCUGAUGCCAAAGUUGUACGUGUCAGAAAAGUCACGCACGGAGCCGUACCAUCUGUUCUGAUAUUCGAGGGAGAGAUGAGCGGUUCACCCGUGUCCCCAAAGCACGCAGAGCGGGAUGGUGGUAGCGCGUGCGUGGGGCGGUGUGGGAUCAUUCGCAGCCCCGUGGACGCUAUCGAGGUGUUCGCCUUUCACUUAGACAGAGUGCUGGGGCUCAACAGGACGCUGCCGGCUGUUAGCAGAAAGUUUACGUUUUUGCACGAUAACGCGCCGUGUCCUGUGGUGCAGUGGGCGCCCUCCCCUCCCUCCUCUGUACACAUCACAUGGGCACAAUACCAGCGCUCGCUCAAACACAAGUGCUGGCUCAAGAAUAUCUCUCCAAAGUCUGACUCCGACUGCUGCUCCAUCCACCACCAUGAAUGGAGCAGACUGGCCCUGUUCGACUUCCUAUUACAGAUCCACCGGCGUUUGGAUCCUCUCUGCUGUGGCUUCAAGCCUCGUCUCCACGAUGAGUGUGGAGACUCGGGGUGUAGCAGGCUGGAGGACAUGAAGCUGGAACAUCUCACCCACACAGAGGAGGACCCACGACACCUCCUCUUCACCCACAACAGAGGCUUCUUUGACCGCAACGAGGACAACCUGGACUUCAGACUGCUGCAGGGCAUCACAGAACUUCCGGCUGGGACAGUAGGGGUGCUCCGGAAUGGCAGGCUGAGGGAGCGGCUCCUACAGUCCCUCUUCAUAGACCAGACGUUUUGGGAGAGCCAGGGCGGCAGACAGGGCAUCGACAAGCUCAUUGGAGUACUGGAGAAACGGUCCCAAGUCCUGCUAACCUACAUCAACGCACAUGGGAUCACACUAACCCCUAUGAACACAUAAGGGACACGUGUAGCACUGAAGGAACACAAGGAAUGUUUGACUGGAUUCUCGAUUACUUACUCUUGAACUGUGAUUGGUCAAAGAGUGGUUAAAGAGGGGGUAUUACAUUUUUAUGGGGUAUGAAGUGCUAACACAGAUUUAGAUCGCCACGUUACCUUUUAUUGCUUUGAAAAUGUCCAAAAUACCGUAUUAAUAAUAAGUUUCAGUUUCGCUUUUGGCGCUCUGAGUCUCCCCUCCCUUUGACCUCAGCGCUAAGUCACAGAGCGCUAUUACAUGACAAUCAGCGUGCAUCUCCCUAAUGAAACUACUUCACAUUGAAACAGGUUUGUGAAGUUAUAGUGUAUUGUUUUGUAUCCUUGAUAGGCUUUUGGGUUGAACUUCAGAGAGAAUCGUACUGCUAACUUUAAGGAGGAUUCAAACAGGGCCUGGGAGAGAUUGCUAGAUUACUUAAACAUGCACGGAUGACAUAUAAAACCUCUUCAGGCUUGAAUUUCUGAUGAGGGAACAACAUUAUAACAUGGUAGAAAGCUCCAAAAAGCCCAUUUUGCAUAAUACCCCCUCUUUAAACGUGCACUUUGUUACUUUUCUCUUGUAGGUUUCUACUUGUUUCCAUAGAGAUGAUUUUGCUUUGCCUGGGAUGUUCUAUCUACUGUACGACAUUGAACGAGUCUAUCGCCAUGGAGACAAGCAGGUGACGCCACAAGGUCAAGGUACAAGUCAAAUCUGUGGCGAGGCGACCCCCCUUGUAUGCAUGUUUGUGAUGUAUAUAAUUAAAGAAAGCAGAAAAAGAAAAGACAGCCGAGUUUAACGCCAUAUUAGGAAACUUUCCAGCCAAAGCAAUGACGUUAGACAAGCAAGCCAAUACAGAUGGGGGACCCCUCAGCAGAAAUGUUACAUAGUGCAGAAUAAUGUGUUAAAGAUGCACUGUGUAACCUUUGUAGCAGAGAGUGCGCCACCUUUUUGUUUCCAUGGCGAAAGGACUAAACCCAUCAUUGUUUAAUCCUUGCAUUAUUCAUCAUAACACAUGCAUUUUACAGCUACAUCUGAUAAAGCCUACACUGCUUCUAUUAAGACUGUGGCACACAUGCUACUUCUUAUAAUUCUGGUGCAGUACUACUCAUCACAAUAUAAAACCUUUUAGCCAGACGAGGAACUUUUUCACACAUAUUUGCCAUAAAAACUCACAUAAGACAUAAUUGUGUAUAAGGUUAUAAAUCAUAGUGAAAUGAAAUAAAUUAUUGC